AUGUCAGAGUAUCUGGCCAUAGCUCUCGUCGGAUUUGGUGGAGAAGUCCGGUACGCCACAAAGCCCCCCUGGGCUCAAAUGCUGACAAUUGUCAACAUCAACCUUCCACGGAAGAUCGUGGACCGGCCCCAACCGGGACCAACGGACCGGAUCAUCGGACACCCCCGUAACCCGUACACCCCGGUGGCAAGCGUCCCGUCCAAACCUGGGAGUUCCACACUGACAGAAUCCAGACAACGGCAAAAUAGCCUCCGCAGGGGGGGGCUGCAAUGCCUUUGUGUGAUCCUGAUUUCGGAGCUUGUCACUAUAGGACAGGCAGAACCAAACUACUAUCACCAUCAACCGUUCAGAUGGAUCCUACGGGACCCUGCAAGUGACCGAGUGAUAAGGGAGAACGUAACAGCCCUGCCUGGGCCACGCUGGUCGAACACGGCCGAGGCCGUGGCAGAGCUGCCGUGCUGGGGCGAGCCCUGGGCUGUAGCCCCACAGAAAGAUGUUUCUGGUAACUUCUCACUGCCUUUUCCUCCUUGGACAGUCCCCUGUGUCCAGAGGACGCAUGUGCCCAACAGCAGUUCCAUGACUGUGUUCCUCCUCCUGGAAUUUGCAGACACGCGGGACCUGCAGCUCUUGCACUUCUGGCUCUUCCUGGGCAUUUACCUGACUGCCCUCCUGGGAAACGGCCUCAUCAUCACCACUGUAGCCUGUGACCACCGCCUCCACACCCCCAUGUACUUCUUCCUCCUCAACCUCGCCCUCCUCGACCUGGGCACCAUCUCCACCACUGUCCCCAAAUCCAUGGCCAAUUCCCUCUGGGACACCAGGGCCAUUUCCCACCCAGGAUGUGCUGCUCAGGUCUUUCUGUUUACCUUUCUGAUGUCAGCAGAAUUGUAUCUCCUUACCGUGAUGGCCUAUGACCGCUAUGUUGCCAUCUGCAAACCCCUGCACUACGGGACCCUCCUGGGCAGCAGAGCUUGUGUCCACAUGGCAGCAGCUGCCUGGGGCAGUGGGUUCCUCUAUGCUGUGCUGCACACUGCCAAUACAUUUUCACUACCCCUCUGCCAAGGCAAUUCUGUGGACCAGUUCUUCUGUGAAAUUCCCCAGAUCCUCAAGCUCUCCUGCUCGGAUGCCUACCUCAGGGAAGUUGGGGUACUUGUGGUUAGUGUCUUUGUGCACUUCUAUUGUUUUGUUUUCAUUGUGCUAUCCUAUGUGCAGAUCUUCAGGAGUGUACUGAGGAUUCCCUCUGAGCAAGGACGGCACAAAGCCUUUUCGAUGUGCCUUCCUCAUCUGUCUGUGGUCUCCCUGUUUAUCAGCAGCGGAAUGUUUGCCUACCUGAAGCCCCCCUCCAUCUCCUCCCCAUCCCUGGAUCUGGUGCUGGCAGUUCUGUACUCCGUGGUGCCUCCAGCUGUGAACCCCCUCAUCUACAGCAUGAGGAAUCAGGACCUCAGGGAUGGCAUUAGAAAACUGAUUACAUGGACUUCUAUUUAG